AUGUCAGAGGUCGAAACAUCUCUUCCGACGGCAAUGAAGCAGAUCUGUUCAAACCUCAAGAAUGGUCUCUACGCCUUCGUGCAGAAAGAGGGAUCGUCAGCAGUCGCCCAGGCGCCUGAGCAGAUGGAGGAGACUCGAUCUCGUUUCAGCUGGUUGCGCUUUGAAAAGGGCGAUGACGACGCUCUCUCCCACCGACAGCUCCUGCGUAGCCUUCGGCAAGAGCACUCCCCCCUGUCAUGCUGGGUCUAUGUGGGGACGAGGAGGGGCACCGUGUUGUCGUUCAACGUCCAGCAGAGCCCAUCUGGUGAUCAGCUGAGGGUGGAGCCGCUCGGAGAGAUGCUCGCAGAGGCUCAGGGAGGGAUGCAGGGCUGCGCAGUGACGGCCAUGGCGUGGGAUAGCGGUUGCAGUACCCUGGCGUGCCUGUAUGCAGGAGGAAAGAGGACCGGGAACUACCUCAAGCUCUGGUCCUUCUCCGGGAGCUGCACGGGAACAGCUCUCCGACCUGCUGGGGAGGAGGCGGAGGGGCAUCGAGUGAUGGUCCCUGCCCUCUCCGCUGCGCAGGAGGACCUGCAUGAGGGAGAGAAUGGGGCAGUGUGCUGGAGCGGGGACGGGUACAAGCUGCUUGUUUCAAGAGGGUCCGACGGGUACAUCUACGAGCUGUCGCUUGUGCGCCCCUCCUUCAACACGCGGAGUAGGAGCAGUGGAGGAGGAAGCAGAGUCGGAUCAGACCGCUCGGUCCUCCAGGGCGAAGAUCGCCUGCUUGUUCUGCGCACGGAGAUCUCGUCCCUCGCCAAGGGGGCGGAAAGUUACAACGCCGACGAUCCUCUGGGGGGGCUGCCGACCUCGCUAGGUGGAGAGGGGUGGUUACACAUCCUCCUCCCUGACGCCUACACCGACGAGCGGGGAAGCGUCACUCACGCGGCUAUGGACGAGUCCGAGCGCUUCCUCGCCGUGUCUUGCACUCGAGGCUUCUGUGUCUUCGAUCGCAUCCUGUCGCGCUGGCGGCUGUUCGGCGACGUGCACCAGGAGUACUCGCUGCUGUGUGCUGGGCUCUUGUGGCUCCAGCACUGCAUCCUCUUCCUCAACGAGACGCCAGGAGCCGCCACGAGCUCGAGCAGCUCAGAGUCCUCCUAUGAGAUCCUACUCUUCUCGCGAGAGAGGCUGGACUUCCUCUCGAUCAUUCUCCGCAUCCCCCUAGACAGAAAGCCGCUGGCUGUUGACUGCCAUAAAGAUGCGCUCGUGGUCAUGGACGAGUCAAGGUGUCUGCACUGGUACCGCGUCAGCGUCAGGGACCAUACCCAUCCUCUCCUCUCUUCCUUGGGCUCGGGCGGCGCCGGAAGUUUCUGGUCCUUCCUUGGUCUGGAGGAGGACGUGACGGGCAGGACAAGGUCUGCCUCCUUCCACAAGACCAGCAGCAGCAAGCUCAGCUGGGCUGUACACCCCGAGUCCAUCUCACUCUUCGACCUCGAGGGCGGCGAUGCUCCGGUACCCUCGGACGGGAGGCAGGAGCAGGAGCUGCAGGAGCAGGACCAGGGGACCGGCCGACUUGCCUGCCUCCUCCACUUCGUCAACGGGGAUCUGGCGGUAGUGCAGGAGGAGGACAACGUAGAACUGGAGGUGCUGGCCACGGAGGUUGACGAUUUUUGGCUUUCUCGAGCUCUGGCUGGCCACUAA